AUGGCCUGUCUGAAGUUGAAGAAGUUUGAGGAGUUCCUGCAAACGGUCGAUGGCUUCGAGAAUCCCAAGGUGACGCUGGAGCAGUACGUGACCCCGUCGCACAUUGCCAGCCAUAUGCUGUACACGAUUCAGAGCAACUACGAUGAUCUGGAGAACAAGUUGGUGCUGGACCUGGGAUGUGGAGCAGGAAUGCUGAGCGUCGGCGCGGCGUUGCUGGGUGCGGCUCACGUGGUGGGAGUCGAAAUCGACCCGGAUGCAAUAGAGAUCUUCAAAAGCAAUGUCGAAGGUUUCGAGCUGGACAAUGUUGAUUGCGUACAGUGGGAUGUGCUGGCCUUGGAAGACAUUGAUUUUGACCUCAAGUUUGAUACGGUGCUUAUGAACCCGCCCUUUGGCACGAAGCAGAACAGUGGCAUCGAUAUGCGAUUCCUACGCAUCGGACUAGCCCUUACGGACCGUACUGUCUAUUCCCUGCACAAAACAUCUACCAGGGAGCAUAUAAAGAAAAAAGCUAUUGAGUGGAAAGUCAAAGGUACCGUUGUUGCCGAACUUAAGUAUAAUCUUCCUCAAACUUAUAAAUUUCACAAGAGAUCCACUGUCGAUAUCGCCGUAGAUUUAUGGCGUUUUGAAAAACGAUAGCAAUUUAUGGCAUUUCUAACACAGUUGCUUAAAAGAUCUAAUUAUGUACCUACUAAUAAAACUAGUGGACAUACUAA